AUGAAUUGGCGUCAUAUCUCUUCUCGAACAGCAAUGGCUGCUGCUAUGCUGUUCUUCGUUCUUGCUUUGUCAAUUUUACCUGAGUUAGGAUCUGCCGCGACCAGACACUAUACAUUCAAUAUUGUGCAGCAAAACAUGACACGAUUGUGCAGCACAAAGAGUAUUAUUACAGUAAACGGAAAGUUUCCAGGCCCUAGAGUUGUCACGAGAGAAGGCGAUCGGGUAGUAGUUAAGGUGAUCAACAAAGUGACAAACAAUGUUACUAUCCACUGGCAUGGGGUUCAGCAACUUCGAAGUGGCUGGUAUGACGGGCCGGCAUACAUAACUCAGUGUCCGAUUCAGACAGGGCAGAGCUACACAUACAAUUUCACCAUCACAGGCCAGAAAGGCACACUGUUCUGGCACGCUCACAUAUCAUGGCUCCGAGCAACACUUUACGGACCGAUCAUCAUCCUCCCUAAAAAAAAUGAAAGCUAUCCCUUCAGAAAACCAUACAAGGAAGUUACAAUAUUAUUUGGGGAGUGGUGGAAGGCAGACCCUGAGGCAGUUAUUACCCAGGCUUUGAAUACCGGUGGAGGUCCAAAUGUCUCGGAUGCAUACACUAUUAAUGGACUGCCUGGUCCAUUGUACAAUUGCUCCUCUAAAGAUACAUUCAAACUGAAGGUGAAGCCAGGGAAGACGUACAUGCUCCGGCUAAUAAAUGCUGCGAUGAAUGAUGAACUGUUUUUUAGCAUUGCGAACCAUAGUCUCACCAUCGUGGGAGUUGACGCCACAUAUGUGAAACCAUUUCAGACCAGUGUCUUAUCCAUAGCCCCCGGACAAACCACCGAUGUGCUACUCAAAACCAGACCUCACUACCCUAAUGCCACUUUCCUCAUGGCUGCAAGGCCGUAUUUCACAGGCCAAGGCACCUUUGACAAUUCGACAGUUGCAGGAUUCCUCGAAUAUGAACAAACAUCAGAUCACUUAUUGGAUAAGAACAGGACCGUUUUCACUCCUACCUUACCACCAAUAACAGCCACGGCUUUUGUUGCCAAUUUCACCAAGAAGUUCCGAGGCCUGAAUAAUCCGAAGUACACAGCAGCAAGUGUUCCACAAACAGUGAACAAACGUUAUUUCUUCACUGUGGGGCUCGGAUCAAGCCCGUGUUCACAAAAUGGGACAUGCCAAGGACCUAAUGGGACAAAAUUCGCCGCUUCAUUCAAUAACGUAUCUUUCCCUCUUCCCUUGACAGCUCUAUUACAAGCCCACUAUUUCAGAAACUCCUAUGGAGUGUACAUCCCUGAUUUCCCAAGCAAUCCAUUGAAUCCGUUUAACUACACAGGGACUCCACCCAACAACACUUUGGUGAGCAAUGGAACUCGAGUGGUUAUUCUGCCAUUCAACACUAGUGUCGAACUUGUUCUGCAGGAUACAAGUAUUCUUGGAGCUGAAAGUCACCCUCUGCAUCUACACGGUAAUAAUUUCUUCGUUGUAGGCGAAGGAUUUGGAAACUAUGAUCCGCAGAAUGAUCCAACAAAGUUUAAUCUGGGAGAUCCUGUUGAAAGAAACACGGUCGGGGUUCCAUCCGGUGGCUGGGUUGCCAUAAGAUUCCGAGCUGACAAUCCAGGGGUAUGGUUGAUGCACUGCCACUUCGAUGUUCACACAAGUUGGGGGUUGAGAAUGGCCUGGAUUGUACAGGAUGGACCGCAACCAAACCAAGCACUGCCGCCGCCACCAUCUGAUCUCCCAAAGUGUUGACAACGACC